AUGGCACAUCCUCAACCGUCGUACUAUUCCGAAUCUCCCACUGCGUCAUCUCCAUAUUAUUUACAAAAUCAUUCCUCACCGUUACCUUUGGCUCAUCGAUUUUCACAUCUCUCUCUCUCGUCCGCCGGUGCUCAUCAUUCAUCAGGGUUUCCUCCAAUGUCUUUGGAGCGAGACCGUCGCUUUUCCGACUAUCACCCUCAUUCACCUGCCCUUCCUAUUCAGCAUCUUUCUCUCAAUAGUCCUAAUCAUCAUCAUUCUCAAUCUUUAUCUACACAUAGCACCUUACGCCCUGCGUUCUUGUUGCUAACUGAUAGCCAUGGUCGUUUUUUUCCUCCUUUAUUCGAAACAUCUGAAUAUUCCAUCACAACUAAGUCCAUUUCUGGGUUAUCGUGGUUGAAUUCGUACAAUUCGUCUUUGUGUACUUCUUCUCUUCUCAUUUCUUCUUCCUUUUCCACCGAUAUAGCGACAUUUUCUCGUGUGUUAUUUCUCAUUGGAUCUAAUUCGAUUAGAACCACUAGAGCUCCCGUCAUCAUUCAACAAAUCACAUCGUUGAUUGACUGCUUACGUCACACCUAUCCUCAUCUCGCACAUCCUGCCGCCAUUGGUAUUAUAUACACAUUUCCGUGCUAUAAACCUUCGCGUGCUUUCCCCACACUUUCAUCAUUACACUCAAAUCUCACUGAGUAUAAUUCUCUUUUGCGCGACCUAGCCUGCAGCCAAAACUUUCUUCUUCUCGAUCUUUUUGUUGCACCUACACAUUUAAGUCGGGAUGGCCUUCAUCUUCAUCCAAGUCAUUGCUCGAUGAUUUGGUCAUCGAUUAUGACCUAUUUCGCUUCUUCUGUUCGCGCAACACAUCCUUCUUCUACUCACGAAACCGUCGCUCUUCCACUUUCACGUACACAUACACGUUCUCGUACAGCGCUCACUAGUCGUAAUCGUAAACGUCAUCGUAAACUUCGUUUACGUCAACAGUGCUUUGUUGUCGUACGCAAUAUCGAUCCCCUGUGGCGCUUAUCCGAUGUGAGGAAUUACCUGGACCAUCAACAGAUCAUCUAUGCCAACAUCCCCAACUUUCGUCAUCAGCAAGUCUCCAUUCGAUUUCAUAACUUGAUUCGACAAGAACAUGCUGAACGAACCCUGUCUCCAGAUGCUUUCGAUGCUGCUCACUAUCACCUUUGGAAAUGUCACGGUCAUUAA